AUGGGUAAUGAUCGGAAAGGCGCCGACUAUGCCGACCCUGUGAAUUCGGUGGAAGCGAUCCUGGAACAGCUUCAGCAAGGAGAGACACUUGUUCGAGAUGUCGACGAUGCUGCUGCUGCUGCCGCGGCAAGACGCCAACUCAGGUGUCUUGCAGCUUCAGUUGGCUCGAACACAAGCUCUGGUCCGUCGCUUCGGUCUAUGAUCUCAGCGCUCUCAGUAUUGUCGCGGCUUUGCGAUCAGAAAUUCAUCACUUUCAGCUAUAGCGACAUUCUGAUCGCCUGGAGAGUGAUCUACAUCGACACGCAGCUUCUGAAAGCAUGUUGCGCGCUCAGCAUUCCCUCGGACGGUCAUGUAGAUCAGACGGCCACUCUGAGACGAUGCAUUCGCGACCUUGAUUUGGCGCUUAUUGUGGCCGGCGCCACCUCGCUCUCGAAACAUCAGCCGUGCCAUGCACUCAUCCUCGCCCUCCAGAGCAGGCUCUUGGAUCGGGGACCUCAAGAUAUUGAGCACAAAGUGCAGCCUUGCGCCUCAUCGGACGACACUCGCGCCCGCAAGAGACUUAAGACGACACCAGCUGAGUCAAUGAAACCCAUUUUCAUGACGGUAUCGCAGGCAGACUCUCGUAUCGUCGAGUAUGACUUCUCUCAAGCCCCCACCUUGAUGGAUCUCUCAAGCAUAGAUUCGAGCGUUCGCUCCAAGCCUUUUAUCGUUCGUGGUUAUGCGCAGCGCACUGGUUGGUCGGCUGUGCAGUCAGAUGGUGGGCAAGGCUCUUGGUGCUCGGUCAAUCAUCUUCUCAAGGCUGCAGGUCCCGCCAGAGUAGUGCCUGUCGAGGUCGGCGCCAACUACACAGGAGCAGAUUGGGGACAAGAUAUGAUGCUCUGGAGCGACUUUCUUCGACACUGUCGCUGGCAUCAAGCUGUCAUACCAAACGAGGACUCGCACUCGGAGAGUGAGAACGGCCUCGGAUCGAGUCAAGUUGUCCUCUACAUGGCCCAACACGACCUGGCGAGUCAAUUUCCAGCACUACAGCAAGACUACCGCCUCCCGGACUACGUCUACACUUGUCCGUCCGCCGCGAAAGAUUGGCCUGACUACAAGCCACCUGCCACGGAAGACGGAGUGAUAACCAACCUCUGGGUCGGGCCCGCUGGAACGAUCUCGCCUCCGCACCACGAUGCCUACUACAAUUGCUUUGUUCAAGCAGUAGGUUACAAAGAAGUUUGGGUCUUGUCGCCUCAUUUGUGCCCUCGCAAAGAUGUUCAAUCGCCGUUGUCGUCGUGUGAGGACAAGUUUGCAUUCGACAAGGCGACGACUAAGGCCUCCAUCGCCGAGACUCUGAUGACGAACACAGCAAGCAUGGAUGUCUUUGACAAGACCGUGUCGAUCCGGUCGGACAUCAAGGCAGCAGCGAGUAACGCUAUCCUCGGGCCGGGCGAUCUUCUCUACAUGCCCCCAGGCUGGUGGCAUUCUCUGCGAAGCUUGACUCGGAGCUUCUCGGUCUCCACAUGGUUCUGA